UAUAUUAUAUUAUGUUUUAUGAUUUUUCUAAUAUUUUACAUUAUAAUUUAUAAUACCGAUGAAUUAAAAUUGUUUUAAAUUACAUUACUAUUAUGUGAAUUUACCGACGGGAAUCGGGAAAUUGAUUAUUACCGGUCGUAUUAGUGCGUAGUGUCGGUUGUAGAUGAGGUAGGUGGGUUGUCUGUGUAUACCAGGCUCACAGACUGCCUUACCGAUGGAGGAUCCAAUAGAUCCGACCGCAUUCAGCGACAUCAAGAGACCUGAUCAAGUUGUGACUAUGGCUACCACGGACAAUUUGAAGUUUGGCGUGCUUAUUGGGCUUGUUGAGGUGGGCCAGGUCACCAACAAGGAGGUGGUGAACACCGUACUUCAUCUGUUGGUUGGCGGCGAAUUCGACAUGGAAUUAAACUUUAUCAUACAAGAUGCGCAAAACAUCCGACAUAUGUUAGAACUUUUAGACCAUUGUCCUCCGAACUUACAGGCCGAAAUAUGGAGCGUUUUCAUUGCCAUCCUGAGAAAAUCCGUUCGAAAUCUGCAAGCGUGCACCGACGUCGGACUAAUUGAGUUGGUCGUAAACAGACUAGCGCGUGCCGACACCGUCGUAGCAGAUCUUUUAAUUGACAUGCUUGGGGUACUUGCUAGUUUCAGUAUAACUGUGAAGGAGUUAAAACUGCUAUUGGGUUCAAUGAAAGCUGUAAACGGAAAAUGGCCAAAACACUCCACCAAGCUUUUGAACGUUUUGCGACAGAUGCCGCAGAGGAAUGGUCCGGAUGUCUUCUUCAGUUUUCCUGGAAAAAAAGGAUCGGCCAUUGUUCUGCCACCGUUAGCAAAAUGGCCAUAUGAAAAUGGUUUUACGUUUUGUACGUGGUUUCGAUUGGAUCCCAUCAAUUCGGUGAACAUUGAACGUGAAAAGCCGUAUCUAUACUGUUUCAAAACUAGUAAAGGUGUCGGCUACUCAGCCCAUUUUGUGGGAAAUUGUUUAGUGUUGACCUCCAUGAAGAUUAAGGGCAAAGGUUUCCAACAUUGCGUAAAAUAUGAAUUUCAACCCCGGAAGUGGUACAUGAUAGCCAUUAUAUACAUUUACAACCGAUGGACAAAAAGCGAAAUCAAAUGUGUGGUGAAUGGUCAACUUGCGUCGAGUACAGAAAUGGCUUGGUUUGUGUCUGCUAACGAGCCGUUCGAUAAAUGUUACAUUGGAGCAACGCCGGAACUGGACGAAGACCGUGUGUUUUGCGGUCAAAUGUCAGCCAUCUAUUUGUUUAGCGAAGCGUUGACAACCCACCAAAUAUGUGCCAUACAUAGAUUAGGUCCAGGAUAUAAAUGCCAAUUUCGUUUUGAUAAUGAAUGCCAUUUAAGUCUACCAGAGAAUCACAAAAGGGUGAGUGAAUUUAAGAAUUUGAGCCAAACCCAGAAUUCAGAUAUUUCUCGCAUGCCCCAACACGCUGUCGAUAGUUCUGUCUUGUAUGAUGGUAAAUUGUCAAAUGCGAUAGUGUUUAUGUAUAAUCCUGUAGCAACUGAUGGCCAACUAUGUUUGCAAUCAACUCCAAAAGGAAAUGCAUCAUAUUUUGUGCAUACACCACAUGCACUUAUGUUACAGGAUGUGAAAGCUGUUAUUACCCAUUCCAUACACAGUACUCUAAAUUCUGUUGGAGGCAUACAGGUUCUGUUUCCAUUAUUUGCUCAACUUGAUUUGUCUGCUGAACCUAUGGAUAAAAAAGAUGCUUCUAUAUGUUGGAAGUUAUUAGGUUUUAUUUGUGAUAUGGUUGAAACUUCACAGACGGUACAGCAGCACAUGAUUCAAAACCGUGGAUUUCUAGUCAUUAGUUAUAUGUUACAAAGGUCAUCUAGAGACCAUCUAACGCUGGAAGUGUUGGGUUCAUUCCUUCGGCUCACCAAACACCUAGUUACCUGUCUUACACCCAACAACGAGUUACUACUGAAACAGCUCCUUGAUCAUAUACUUUUCAAUCCUGGUCUGUGGAUAUACACGCCAACUCAUGUACAAACUAGGCUUUAUACAUAUCUGGCAACAGAAUUCCUUUCCGAUACCCAAAUUUAUUCAAAUGUACGACGAGUAUCUACUGUACUUCAAACUGUCCAUACACUUAAAUACUACUACUGGGUUGUGAAUCCAAGGAAUAAGAGCGGUAUCAUACCAAAAGGACUUGACGGUCCUCGGCCUGCUCAAAAAGAUAUAUUGAUUAUUAGAGGUUACAUUUUAUUGUUUCUUAAGCAACUAAUGAUGUUAGGCGUAGGUUUAAAAGAAGAUGAGCUUCAGAGUAUUAUUAAUUACUUGACAACUGUCUGUGAAGAUGAAAAUCUACAUGAUGUUCUUCAAACCCUCAUGUCCCUUAUGUCUGAGCAGCCAGCAUCGAUGAUACCAGCCUUUGACGUUAAACAUGGUGUACGUUGUGUAUUUAAACUAGUGGCAUCCGAAAGCCAACUAAUUCGACUUCAAGCACUAAAACUCUUAGGAUUCUUCUUGAGCCGUAGUACACAUAAAAGGAAAUAUGAUGUGAUGAGUCCUUAUAAUUUAUAUACUCUUCUGUCAGAACGUUUAAUGUUGAACGAAGAAACUAUUACACUACCCACUUAUAAUGUUCUUUAUGAGAUAUUAACAGAACGGAUUAGUCAACAAAUACUUUAUACCAGGCAUCCAGAACCUGAUAGUAAUUGCAGAUUAGAAAAUCCUAUGAUUCUCAAGGUAGUAGCUACUCUAAUUCGUCAAGCAAAACCAUCCGAGCAAUUAUUGGAAGUAAAAAAACUGUUUUUAUCUGACAUGACAAUACUUUGUAGUAAUAAUCGCGAGAAUAGACGAACAGUAUUGCAAAUGUCUGUUUGGCAAGAAUGGCUGAUAGCAAUGGCAUAUAUUCAUCCAAGAACGUGUGAAGAGCAAAAAGUGUCUGACAUGGUCUAUAAUUUAUUCACUAUGUUACUUCAUCAUGCUAUCAAACAUGAGUAUGGUGGUUGGCGAGUGUGGGUCGACACUUUGGCAAUAGUACAUUCAAAGGUAUCCUUUGAAGAAUUUAAACUUCAGUUUGCUUUAAUGUAUGAACACUAUGAGCGCCAACGUAGUGACAACAUUACAGACCCACGUCUACGUCAGCAGCGUCCAAUCAGUACUAUAUCUGGUUGGGAAAACCAACCUCCUGCACCUCCCAUAAAUCAUUCUCCAUCUGAAACUCCAGAAUCUACUAUUAGUACACCUGUAAAAGAAGCUCCAGCACUUACAGAAUGCAAAGAAAAAGACGAACAAGAAUUUCCAACAAAUUCUGAAAAUGUAUCAAGAGAAAGUGAAAUUGAAGACCAAGAGUCGUUGAUUUUAAGUGACACCACAAAAAAGGAAACUUUUAUAAAUAGCACAAAAGAAAGUAAUGCAUUAAAAACACAAACUCAGAGUAAUGAAUUAAGCUCCUCAAUAGAAAUUGUAAAAAAAAGUGAAGAAAUAUUAAAAGAAAUUGAAAAUAAAUUUGAUGAUGUGUCCAAAGAAAAUGAAAAUAAAGAUUUAGAAUCACUUAAAGAAACAAGAAUUGAUGAAUUAGUACCUACUAUAGAGAGCAAACAAGAUGUUUUAGAUUUGAAUAAAAAUAAUGAAAUCAAUAUUAUUGAACAAGUUAACGAUGUAAUUGCAUCAAAAGUAGUUGAAAAUGAAAACAUAAAAUUAAGUAUUCCAGACGAAAUUAAAAUAGUUGAUGCUGCUGUCAAAAAUACUGUUCAACUAGACAAUUCAUCAACAGAAAAAUAUUUACAAGUGAAUGGUGAAGUUUUACAUGUUGAUCAUGAUAGCCUUGAACAUAAUUUUGAGGACAUAAUUGAAAACCAUGUAGUAUCUAAUGGUGAUGACAUAGUAUCAAAAGAUAUUAAAUUACAAAAUAGGUUUAAUGCUUUCCUAAGUGAAGAUCUCAAAGAUAAUAUUACCGAAAAAGAAAAUAUUGAUACUCCAAUAAUAAUUGAUUCAGGAUCCAAUGAAAGUGUUAAAGAAAAAAUGAAUGGCAAUGUUCUAAAUCAAGACAGUAUUAGUAAUAGCAGUGAUAGUGAAACAAUUGUAAAUUCAGAAUGUUUACAGCAUGAAGUUAAUGUAAAUGGUAUAGAAAAUAAUAGUGAAGAAAAUGUUGUUGCUCAACCAAUAUCUGUGAUAACAGUUCAGACAUGCGACACUGUUGAUAGUGAUUGCUCAGAGGCGUAUUUAACACCAAAUGAACUUAAUGAUACACCAAAAAAAAAAUUGGAAAAAAUCAAUUUGAAUGUAAAUGAUCAUAUCAGCAUUAUUAAUGAUGAUGUUAUGUCUCAAUUAAAUCCGUCCAUAGAGUCCAAUAAUGAAAUGGAAAUUAUUAAACAACAAAUAGAAGAGGGAAAUGUUGAAAAAUUAGUAGAAAAUGAUGCUAAAGUAGAAGAAAGUGUUAAUAAAGUAGAAGAAAAUAUUAAUACUACAGCAGAUAAUAUUAACAAAGUAGAAGAAAAUGUUAAUAAAUUAGAAGAAAAAAUAAAUGAUAUUAAAGAAAUUAAUGAUAAAAUAGAAGAAAAUGUUGUUAAUACAAAUGAAACUAUCCAUAACAUAGAUGAAAAUAUAAAUAAAGUAAUGGAACAUGUUAAUAUUGUAGAAGAAGACAAAAUUAACUUAGAAAAUAAUAAAACUAUUGAAAACUCUAAUACAAUCAAGAAUGAGUAUACAGUAGACGAGAGUAACAAAGCAGAAAAUGUAGAAACUGAAUCUAUACCAAUGACUGACAAUGUUACGGAAAUUAUUAUGGAAAAUAAGUGUCUAGAAACAUCAGAAUCUACUUUGGAAAAUGGAGUUGAAGACAAAAAAAGUACAAAGACUGAGAAAAAACCAGUAGCUCCAAAUAUAGAUACGAGACCAAUGUUUAAUCCAGGCCCAUCCAGACCUCCUUUUAGAAUUCCAGAAUUCAAAUGGUCUUAUAUUCAUCAAAGAUUACUAUCUGAUGUACUGUAUUCACUUGAAUCUAACAUUCAAGUCUGGAGAGGCCAUUCGACCAAAUCUGUUUUGGACUUUGUUAAUGGAGCCGAGAAUGCAAUUUUUGUUGUCAAUACUGUACAUUUGAUCUCACAGUUGUCAGAUAACUUAAUCAUAGCUUGCGGUGGACUAUUACCAUUACUUGCAUCCGCCACAUCACCAAAUAGUGAGUUAGAUAUUAUGGAACCUACUCAAGGAAUGACAGUUGAAGUGGCCGCCUCUUUACUACAAAGAUUAGUCAACAUGGCUGAUGUUUUAGUAUUUGCUAGUUCUCUAAAUUUCUCUGAACUAGAAACGGAAAAGAAUAUGUCCAGUGGUGGAAUACUACGACAGUGUCUGCGAUUAGUUUGCACAAAUGCUGUGCGUAACUGUUUAGAAUGCAAAGAACGUAGUCGCCUGUUGGUCUUACCUUCUCAACCGAGUAAUCCUAAACAGUUACAUUUGCAGUCACUUAUCCGAGCUGGUCAAUCAUCACCUAAGAGUUUAAUUGAUGGCUCCACAAAUCCUAUACGUGAUCCAGAAAAACUAUUACAAGAAAUGGACAUUAAUCGUUUGCGUGCAGUUAUCUACAGAGAUGUGGAAGAAACUAAGCAAGCGCAGUUUCUAUCAUUGGCUAUUGUUUAUUUUGUGUCUGUGCUGAUGGUAUCCAAGUAUAGAGACAUAUUGGAACCACCAACAUCAUUAUUACAAAUACACGGGAACGCUCAAUCAAACAAUAAUCAAACCCGAUCAGAAAGUCCGCCAAAUUGUCAUGGUACAAGACCGUUGUUUCCUCAAUGGUCCCAUCAUGUAUAUCCUCAAUUCCUACCUCCGUCUCACUCAAUAGAUCCACAAAUGCCCCAUAACUUCGGCCACCGCAACAUUAUGUCACAUUACGCUGCGCCCUCGUUAGGACAACAAGACGAGGAAGACUAUAAUAUGAUGAUGACAUCGAUGGACAAUUUAAAUCAUACUUCACAAGUGCCAACUAUCCCGUGCAACAAGAGUACAUGCUCUGAAGAAUUAGCAUCUACAAGCUCAGCAGCAUGUAGUGAUGCUGAAAGCAAUGAUACUGAUGUCAAAGCUAGCACCAUAGCAUCUGCUCAUAAUGAAGAAGCUUGGACCGAUGUAAAUCUUAAUGAGGACUCCCAGUCUAACAAUGAAGAUGAUGGAAGAAUACAUAGAGAUAUACGUGGUGAUAAACCUCUCAGUGAAAUAUCUGUAGUAAAUGUCCCGACAUCAGUUACACAAAACGUGAACAUGCAAAAUCCUGGACAUAGCGUUGAGGACUUUGGAUUAAAAAAUGUUAACCUGCCUCAUCAAACGCAUUUGCCCAACAGAGAGGCAUCUCUUACACACAAGUUGGAAGCAGCACUGGGUUCCGUUUGCCCACUUUUACGAGAAAUAAUGGUUGAUUUUGCUCCGUUUUUAUCGAAAACCCUUGUUGGUUCCCAUGGUCAAGAGUUGCUCAUGGAAGGCAAAGGAUUGACGACGUUUAAAAACAGCCAGUCUGUCGUUGAACUAGUAAUGUUGUUAUGCUCUCAAGAAUGGCAAAAUUCGUUGCAAAAACACGCGGGUCUUGCUUUUAUCGAACUCAUUAAUGAAGGACGAUUAUUAUCACAUGCCAUGAAAGAUCAUAUCGUCCGCGUAGCCAAUGAAGCCGAAUUCAUAUUGAAUAGAAUGAGAGCUGAUGACGUAUUGAAACACGCUGAUUUUGAAGCUCACUGUGCUCAAACAACGCUGGAACGCCGCGAAGAAGAAAAAAUGUGUGAUCACCUUAUAACGGCUGCGAGACGUCGCGACAGCGUGGUGGCAAGUCGCAUUCUAGAUAAAAUCUGUAACAUAUUGUCCAACAAGCAUGGUGCUUGGGGUUAUCUUCAUGAGAACAUUCCCAUAAGAAUGUCUCAGUUUUGGAAAUUGGACGUAUGGGAGGACGACGCAAGACGACGCAAACGAUUUGUGCCCAAUCCACGGGGAACAACCCAUCCAGAAGCAACGUUAAAGGCUGCAUUAGAACACGGUGCACCGCAAGACGCUAUACUACAGGCCAGAGAAGAAGUUUUUCACGCUCAACUGGUGGCUAUGAGCACUCAAAGCGGUCCGGGUAGUCAGUCCUCAGACUUACUCGAUGAUUCAGAACUAAUGACUGACGACAGAGAACUAGACGCCGAUCUUGUUGGCCCGGUGAAUAUCAGCACAAGAGCGUCGUUAAUAUCGGCUGGAGUUGUUGCACCUGGUAUUGUAUCCAUAACAUCUGCAGAGUUGUACUUUGAAGUCGACGAAGAUGAUCCUGAAUUCAAAAAAUUAGAUCCCGAGGUGCUGAAAUACUGCGAUCAUUUACACGGAAAAUGGUACUUUUCGGAAAUCAGAGCAAUAUUCUCGCGCCGAUACUUAUUGCAGAACAUCGCCAUUGAAAUAUUUAUGGCCAGCCGAACAUCCGUGAUGUUUUCAUUCCCUGACCAGAAUACAGUUAAACGAGUCAUCAAGGCAUUGCCCAGGGUUGGAGUAGGUAUCAAAUAUGGUUUACCACAAACCAGACGGGCGUCCAUGAUGUCUCCCAGGCAGUUGAUGAGAAACUCGAACAUGACUCAAAAGUGGCAGCGCCGCGAGAUAUCCAACUUUGAGUAUCUAAUGUUCCUCAACACCAUAGCCGGACGAACUUACAACGAUUUGAAUCAAUAUCCAGUUUUUCCAUGGGUUCUUACCAAUUAUGAAUCGACUGAAAUGGACCUAGGUCUUCCAUCCAACUACCGUGAUUUAUCAAAACCCAUCGGAGCGUUGAAUCCCAGUCGUAAAGCCUAUUUUGAAGAGCGAUACGGCUCUUGGGAAAACGAAAGCAUUCCGCCAUUCCAUUACGGUACCCAUUAUUCGACUGCGGCUUUUGUGCUAAAUUGGCUGAUCAGAAUUGAACCGUUCACCACAAUGUUUUUAGCUCUACAAGGUGGCAAAUUUGAUCAUCCCAACCGAUUGUUUUCUUCGAUUGCGCUGUCUUGGAAGAACUGCCAACGAGACACUUCCGACGUUAAGGAAUUAAUACCAGAACUGUUUUUCCUGCCUGAAAUGUUGUCCAACGACAACGAAUACAAAUUGGGACACCAAGAAGACGGUACGUCGGUAGAUAAUGUCGAGUUGCCGCCGUGGGCUACUUCGCCCGAAGAAUUCAUCAGGAUCAACAGAAUGGCUUUGGAAUCCGAAUUCGUAUCGUGUCAACUACAUCAGUGGAUCGACUUGAUAUUUGGAUACAAACAGAGAGGACCGGAAGCCAUAAGAGCGUCCAACGUAUUCUACUACUUGACGUACGAAGGAAGCGUUGACAUGGACACCAUAACCGAUCCGAUAAUGAAAGAAGCCAUUGAAAAUCAGAUACGUUGUUUCGGUCAAACGCCUUCUCAACUGUUGAUGGAACCGCAUUUGCCACGAAGUUCGGCUAUGCACAUCUCGCCGAUGAUGUUCACUAGCAUUCCUGACGACGUAUGUAUGACCAUGAAAUUCCCGUCCAAUUCGCCGAUUUGCCAUAUAUCGGCGAACACGUUCCCUCAGCUACCGAUGCCGGCCGUCGUCACCGUGACUACUAACAUGCAAUUCGCAAUAAACCGAUGGAACACCAACUAUUCUGUAACAAUUCAAUCGCCCAGUUAUGCCGAAAGCCCCCAACAGCCUAACGUGAAUUUACCUCUCGUCAUGGAUCAAAUUUUGACUCAAUCAAAUAGCAAUGUAAAUGUGACAUUGAAACGCCAUCUAGGGGAUAACUUCAGUCAGAAAUUGAAAAUCAAAUGGAAUUGUUUUGUAACGACUGUUGACAGUCGUUUCUUAAUAGUUUGUGGUUUUUGGGACAACAGUUUUAGAGUGUUUUCCACUGAAACUGCAAAAAUUGUUCAAAUUGUAUUUGGCCACUAUGGAGUGGUGACGUGCUUAAGUCGCAGUGAGUGCAACAUUACUUCAGACUGUUAUAUUGCCAGUGGGUCGUCUGACUGUACUAUUCUAUUGUGGCAUUGGAAUGCAAGAAGUCAGACAAUAGUUGGAGAAGGUGAUCAUCCAACUCCUAGAGCAACAUUAACAGGCCAUGAACAACCGGUCACUUCAGUGGCAAUUUCUGCUGAACUUGGAUUGGUCGUAUCUGCGUCCUCAGGUGGUCCAGUUCUUGUUCACACCACAUUUGGUGAUCUCCUGAGAUCAUUGGAUCCCCCUAAUGGAUUUGAAAACCCUGAGUGUGCUGUCAUGUCUCGAGAAGGCAUAAUUGUUGUAAACUAUGAACAUGGUAGCAUUGCGGCAUUUACAAUCAAUGGCAAAAGACUGAGACAUACUACACAUAAUGAUAAUAUCCAAUGUAUGUUGUUAAGCAGAGAUGGCGAGUACUUGAUGACUGGAGGUGAUAAAGGAAUCGUUGAAGUAUGGAGAACAUUUAAUUUAUCAUUACUCUACGCUUUCCCGGCGUGUGAUAGUAGCGUACGGUCAUUGGGGCUUACACAUGACCAAAAAUUUUUAUUGGCUGGACUGUCUACUGGAUCGAUUGUCAUAUUCCAUAUUGAUUACAACAGAUGGCACCAUGAAUUCCAACAGAGAUAUUAAUCUACUCUACACUUUUAUUUCAUAUAUAUAUCUAUAUGCAACUAUAAUUGAAUUCAUUAAUAAUAUUAUAUAAAGCUGGAGCUCAAUGUAUAUGUUUACUUACCUACUAGUGUAUUUGUAUGCAAUAAUCACUUGAUAUGUAUAAAUGUGAUGUAUUAUUGUGGAAUGGUUUGUUGUGUGUCUUGCAAUAAACAAUGUUUAAGGCAGACAAUUUAUAUUUUAACACAUGAUCAUCUUUGGUUGUUAACUUAAGUGACUAAUUUAUAUUUAUGUUCAAAAGGAAAGAGUGUUACCAUAUAUUUACAAUUGUCUAUUCAAAUUUUAUUUGUUUUCAUAGUGAUUAUGUUGGUAUUUAUUAAUGAACGUAGGUAGUGAUUACUGUCUGAUAAUAUUACAAUUUCACUUGGUUAAACAUUAUGGUUUUAAUCAUAAAUGCGUAUUUCAUAUUUUUUCUU